AUGGCGGACAAAGAACAGCGUCCCGUCCCUCCGCAGGCAUCACUAGACUCGAACGUCGGUCUAUCAACACCGCAACAAUGCGUCGAGCAUUUUCUGCCGGAACCAUUUCACCCAUACUUUGAGCUCCUACGAUUCGACCAUGCAAAAGGUUACUGGUACUUUUGGUUACCUCACUUCUAUGGCACUCUUAUAGCCGCAGCUACUUUAAAGACACCUUUGUCUGAGUUUCUACGCGUCAACCUUAUUCACACCGCCUCUCUCAUUCCACUGGCUGGUAUCAUUCUCACUUGGGAUGACCUUCUGGAUGCCCCAUUAGAUCGUCAGGUAGAGAGAUGUAAGAAUAGGCCCAUAGCUCGAGGAGCUAUUACACCUGUCAAGGCACUUUUAUUCAUGGUCACGCACGGACUCGCCUACCUGUGGUUGCUGAGUUUGCUUCCAUCAGCAUGUUUUUUGUAUGCCAUCCCGAUGGCCAUAGGAUCGGCAUUCUAUCCUCUGGCUAAAGGGGUAACCCAUUAUCCCCAAGUUAUCCUUGGUAUAGUAAUGGGCAUAGGCAUCUUCCUCGGCGUAUCCUCGCUAGGUUUGGAUCCUCUGGCUUUGAGCGAUGUGGCGACGGGCAUGUCUCGCUCAAAGAACGUUGCGGAGUUCGUGUCGUCAUUCAAGAGCAUCGCUAUUGAUUCGCCAACAGUAGCCUUCUACUUAGCUCACGUUGUGUGGGUCAUCAUCUUCGAGAUCAUCUACUCCCACAUGGACGCCAGGGAUGAUAUAAGGGCAGGCGUGAAGAACAUCGUCUUGCUGUUUGCUAAGAUUGAUGGAUCAAACGUCCAAUUCAAGACGCGGCCGCUUCUGGCUGGGCUUGCAAUUGCUCAGGUUGUGUUGCUGUCGAUCGCAGGGUUAUUGAAUGGCAGCAGUCCUGUAUACUUUAUCGGUACUGUAUCUGCCACGUCCGCAAUGCUUGCAGUCGUUGUGUGUCUGGUUGAUUUGCAGAGCCCUCCGAAUUGUGGCUGGUGGUUUGAAGAUGGGAAUCGCUUCUAUGUUGGAUGGGCCAUUGCAUUGGGAUUGGCAGGCGAGUACGCCAGAGUCUUGCUCGAGUAG